ACGUAGAAUUCGUAGUUUGCGGAAGUGAAUUGGACAUUCAUUUCCUGUGCCCUCUAGUUACUCCGUCAUGCGUUCCCUUGUUGGUCUGAUCGUUGUAAUAUUGACGGCUACUUUUUACCUUUAUCUUCUGUCCACUAAUCUCCCCCCUGGACCUCAGCUGCCUAAGAAAGAGCAUGAAGGAGAGUCGAGUACAUCUAAUGAUGAGGAGGACAGCCCAAGUGAAAUGAAGACUUCAGCCUCCAGGUUGAAGUUCCCAUCAGACCUGAAUGAGCUGAAAGAGAUGGCAGAGCUGUUGCAGUUUUACAAGACCGAGCACACAGGAUAUGUGUUGUUACUCUUCUGCAGUGCCUACCUCUACAAGCAGGCUUUUGCUAUACCCGGUUCCUCUUUCUUAAACAUCUUGGCUGGGGCCUUGUUUGGGACGUGGUAUGGUCUUCUCCUCGCCUGUGUCCUCACUACAGUGGGCGCCACGCUCUGUUUCCUCCUGUCCCAGGUGUUCGGCAAACAGCACAUUGUGAGACUCUUCCCUGGCAAAGUGGCCAUGCUGCAAAAGAAGGUUGAGGAAAACCGAAGUAGCUUGUUCUUUUUCCUGUUGUUCCUGAGAUUCUUUCCCAUGAGUCCAAACUGGUUUUUAAACAUGACCUCCCCAAUACUGAAUAUUCCCGUCACUCUUUUCUUCAUGGCUGUCUUCAUUGGCCUGAUGCCGUACAACUUCAUCUGCGUCCAGACGGGAUCAAUGCUGUCUCAUAUCUCCUCUCUGGACGACUUGUUCUCCUGGAGUGUGGUGUUGAAACUACUGCUUAUUGCCUGUGUUGCUCUGCUGCCUGGAGCUCUGAUCCAUAAAUACAGCACUCGGCAUCUCCAUCUGGACGGCCUUGAAACAAAUGGACUCAGUCAAGACAAGAAGAAGAAGAACAGAUAA